AUGGAUAUGGUAGGAAAACUUGGAAGUAUGAUAACUAAGGGGGUAUAUUCAGUUGCCACCCCUUUUCACCCUUUUGGUGGUGCUGUUGAUGUCAUUGUUGUUCAGCAAGAAGAUGGUAGUUUUAGGAGUACGCCGUGGUAUGUUCGGUUUGGGAAAUUUCAAGGUGUUCUUAAAGGUGCUGAGAAGGUUGUUAAGAUAAAUGUUAAUGGGGUUGAAGCGGGUUUUCAUAUGUAUCUUGAUAAUUCUGGGGAGGCUUAUUUUGUUAAAGAGGUGGAUGGUGAUGAUAAUGUUGAGUCAAAUGUGGUUGGUGCUGAGUCUGAGUUUACUCCGGAAGAGAGUGGUUUGAAAAUUGAUGUUACUGGUCAUAAACUAGAUCAUAGUGUGUCUGAUUUGGGGGUGCUUCGGGUGACGGGUGAUGAUGAUUCCUUGGAUUUGCCAAAACUUCAAAAGGCAGAAUCGGAUGUUGAUAAGAGAUUUUACGAAGUUCUAGAUGAUCAAACUGUGAUUGAAGGUUCAGCUUAUUUGUCAGAAUGUGAAGAGAAUUAUGUGGAUUCGCAGAGUUCUCAUCCGGGGGUGAUCGUGGUUAGUGUUGAUGGUCAUAUGUUGACAGCCCCUAUCUCUGAAUCAGAGCCAACUGACGAAAAUUUGGAGUUAGAUAUUCUUCAGUUUCAUUUGGGGCCAGGUGAAGAGACUGAUUUCGACGAAGGUGAAGAGGAAUUUGGCACUACUGAUGAUGUUAGUCAGCUAGAUGCUUCAACAGCUGAUGUCCCAUCCAGUAUUUAUAGCUCCAAUUUUGAUAAUAGUACUCCUGGGAUCCAUCUGGAAGAUUGCCAAAGAGAGGAGGGACCUAUUUGUCACAAGGAGAAAACCGACACUGAAGAAGCUGCAUCAUGUAUGAAUAUGGAGAAUGUCUUUAAAAGUUGUUUAGAUUUUCAUGAAUUUGCUCAGCAGGCUGAAAACGACAAUUUACAAAAUGAAGGGUCCUCAUUGGUGGAUCAAAAUUCAGCUGAGGAAUCUAAUGAAAAUGAUAAAGAGAGCAUCAUACAAUCUAGAAACAUUGAAGGGUUAUCUCCCCUUGGCAUGCCUACUUCUUCAGACGAUAUUAUUUCUACAAAUUUAGAAACAAAACUUCAAAGGGUUGAUAAAGAUGCACCAGUGGAAGUUGACAUGGAAUCUGGCAGUCAUUCUGGUACGAAUGAUGUGGAGUGGAGUGAUAGUCAACAAACCCCCCAUGUACUUGAAAAUACUAGUGAGGAAGAUAAUGUAACAGCACCUCAGACAUUUGCUUCCACCGACGGGGAUCAAAGUCAUUUUGAUUCAAGAUUUGACAUCUCACUUUGUGGUCAUGAACUUAAGGCGGGUAUGGGUUUUAUCAUAGCUGCUGAAGUGUUUGAAGCACAUCGAAUAUCUGCAGAGGAAUUUAGAGUCUCUGCACCAUCAAUAACUAAGAAUAAAAAUCUUGUAGUGAAGGUCGGAGAGAGCUAUCUACCGUGGGAAAAGGCCUCCCCUCUUGUUCUUGGAAUGGCAGCUUUUGAUUUAGACUUACCUUUUGAUCCUGAAGAUACAAUUCCUGUGGGACAGGAUUAUGCGUUGAAGUCUAGCGAUGAUAAUCCUGGACCAUCUUCGUCUCGACGUAGGUGGAGACUCUGGCCUCUUGCUUUUCGAAAAGUAAAGACAGCUGAGCACAAUAGUACUGAUGAAUCAAGUGAGGAUAUAUUUUUAGAUUCCGUAUCUGAUAUGUUAGGUUCUGUUGUUGAGCCAACUCCAACCUCUGUUAGGCGCGAGUUUCCUCCCAAGCAAUUUGUAAGGACAAAUGUUCCCUCUAAUGAGAUGAUAGAGUCAUUGAAUCUCAAAGAUGGUCAAAAUAUGGUAACGUUCAAUUUCUCUACGAGGGUUCUAGGAAAACAACAGGUUGAAGCUCAUCUAUAUUUAUGGAAGUGGAAUGCGAGAAUUGUAAUUUCAGAUGUUGAUGGAACUAUUACCAAAUCUGAUGUUUUGGGGCAGUUCAUGCCUUUAGUUGGAAGAGAUUGGAGCCAGACUGGAGUGGCGACGCUUUUUUCUGCUAUUAAGGAAAAUGGAUACCAGCUACUGUUUUUGAGUGCCCGUGCUAUUGUCCAGGCUUAUGUAACCAGGAAAUUUCUGGUUAACCUGGAACAGGAUGGAAAAACGUUACCAACUGGACCUGUUGUUAUUUCACCUGAUGGAUUAAUUCCCUCUCUUUACCGAGAAGUAAUAAAAAGAGCUCCUCAUGAGUUCAAGAUUGCUUGUCUAGAGGAUAUCAAAAGACUUUUUCCUUCUGAUUACAAUCCAUUCUAUGCGGGGUUUGGCAAUAGAGACACAGAUGAACUUAGUUACAGUAAGAUAGGAAUUCCGAAAGGCAAAAUAUUCAUCAUUAACCCUAAGGGCGAGGUGGCAACAAGUCAUCGGGUUGAUUCAAAAUCUUAUACAUCACUACACACACUCGUCAAUGACAUGUUCCCACCUACGUCUGUGCUUGAACAGGAGGACUUCAACUGUUGGAAUUAUUGGAGACUGCCUCGCCCAUGUAUUAAUAUUGAUUAG